UUGUGUUAGUCCAGACCAAAACUCUUGCAGCAGUAUAUGGUUCAUAAUUGCUUGGAUGAAAAAAAUCCUUCAAGGUUUAAUCCAGCACAGGUAGAAUAGAAGAAUCAUUGAUCGUUGGCCAAAGGUGAAUAGUCAAAAAGCAAUUUGUUAUCGUGUCUCACUGAAUGACCAUCACAUGCAUCUUCCAGAGGACGCAAUUCCCACCAACAGACAUGUGGGUGAAAGUGAUGAGAAUGUGGAGCGAGGCAACUGGUCCUCGAAGACUGACUACCUGCUCUCAAUGAUAGGCUGUGCUGUGGGUCUGGGCAACAUCUGGAGAUUCCCUUACCUGGCGUACAAGAAUGGAGGAGGUGCCUUUUUUAUUCCUUACACACUCAUGCUGUUACUUGUUGGGAUGCCGAUGUGUUUUCUGGAAUCGUCCGUUGGGCAGUUUGCCAGCCUUGGACCUGUUGCGGUGUGGAAAGUCGUGCCAAUGUUACAAGGUGUUGGGAUCACCAUGGUGCUUGUGAUUUCACUUACUGACAUUUCCUACUGCUGCAUCAUUGCCUACAGCCUGUUCUACCUGUUUGCCUCCUUCCAGUCACCCCUGCCGUGGGCAGACUGCUUCAGCUGGUGGGGUGCAGAUGAAAACUGCAGCAGGAUGCCCAAAGAUUCUAUGUGCAAUCUCACUCUGGGCAAUGGAUAUUUUGAAAUUAUGAAUACAACAUGGCUGCAUGCAAACAAAACUUGUUCAAGUGGAUCAGAAAUCUAUGUUCAUCACCAGAGCCCUAGUGAACAAUAUUGGGAUAAAGCAGUUUUACGCCGUUCAAGUUCAAUGGAUGACACGGGAAAGAUCAUCUGGUAUUUAGCCUUCUGUCUGCUUCUGGCCUGGCUGAUCAUUGGAGCUGCCUUGUUUAAAGGUAUCAAGUCUUCAGGAAAGGUGGUUUACUUCACUGCUUCAUUCCCUUAUGUGGUUCUGAUCAUACUUCUGAUCCGAGGGGCUACCCUGGAAGGAGCUCAUAAAGGGAUAGAUUUCUACUUUGGAAGCCAGUCAGACUUUUCAAAACUGCUUCAUGCUGAGGUCUGGAAAGAUGCUGCAACUCAGAUUUUCUUUUCUAUCUCAGUGGGAUGGGGCAGCUUAAUAACACUGUCAUCCUACAACAAAUUCCACAAUAAUUGCUACAGAGAUACCAUCAUUGUUUGUGUUGUGAACUGUGCCACAAGUGUGUUUGCUGGAUUUGCCAUCUUCUCCAUCCUUGGACACAUGGCUCACGUACAAGACAAGCCUAUUUCGGAGGUUGCUCAGUCAGGUUUUGGUUUGGCUUUCAUUGCCUAUCCAGAGGCUUUAAUACACCUUCCGUGGGCACCUCUAUGGUCCAUCUUGUUCUUCUUCAUGCUGCUCACUCUGGGACUGGACACUCAAUUUGCAGGUUUAGAAACAGUUAUAACAGCCCUACUUGACCAAUUCUCAAAGAUUUUGCAUUUGAAGCGCCUUUAUUUGACAAAUGGAAUGUGCUUGGUGUUUUAUUUCCUCGGCCUUAUAUUUGUAACAGAGGCUGGAAUUUACUGGUUAAAUUUAAUUGAUUAUUUCUGUACUGGGUGGAUUCUUGUUACAGUAGCCCUACUGGAACUCAUUGGUCUAAGCUGGAUUUAUGGGAUAAACAGAUUUAUCAUGGACAUUGAGAUGAUGAUUGGGAGGAAGAAUUGGCUCUUCUGGUUGUGGUGGAGAGUGUGUUGGCUUUUCUUCUCUCCAAGCUUGCUGGCAAUAAUCUUAUUCUGGUCCUUAGCAACAUUUUCCACACCUACAUAUGGACCUGUUGAGUACCCACAAUGGGCAAUAGCCGUUGGCUGGUGUUUAGUAAUUUUCUGUAUUAUGUGGAUCCCCAUUGUUGCCAUCAUUAGAGUUAUCCAAGCUGAAGGCUCCACUUUGUGUCAGAAAAUUUCUGCGGCUUGUACAUCAGCUCCUGAUUGGGGUCCGUACUUGGAACAGCACAGAGGAGAAAGAUACGGAUAAAGUAGCCAGCAACAAAGUACAAUUUAUUACUUCUGACAUAUCAGCUGUUCAGAGAAGAUGUGUAGAUCAGGGCCUUGAAGAUCUAUAGCUGCUCUGAUAUCUCACUAUAACUUCAGUCAGAGUUUUCUGGGACAGGUUGCAGCUCACUGGAACAGACAUGGUCAUCCACUUGGAACAGGCUGGGUUUGGGGAAUGACUGAACAUUACACUCACCAUGACCAUUCAUUUUUACCUUGGGGUUAAUGUGUGGGAUUCCAUCCAUUGCUGUGUUUUCUUGAAUUAGACAGAGUAUGAUAAAGAUCAGAGAGCCCUGAUCCACAUUGAGCUUUGUCACUUGUAGCCAUCACUUUAUCAGAUCACUAAUGCUGAUGCUUAGUGCUGACAGGGUCAAAUGUGACUUGUCCCUUCAGCUCAGCCGAGACUGAUUCUACCUCCUGUUCUUCUGGACCAGGAUCAUUCCUUGAUACUGCUCUUACAUCAUCCUUUAUUACUGGGACUGCUUCCACUUCCCUAUUUCCACACUUUUCCAUUUUAUCUGUCCUUUCUAAAUGUCCAGAUCCCUGGAGUACUUAAUUCCCAUACUUGCAACCAUGCAAUCACUUCUCUGUAACAGCUGUUAGGCUGAACCCAUUGUCUAUAUUUGUGCCAUCAUUUCAACUGUUCUGUUACAAAAGUUCAAGGUUCAGAUACAAUAGCUUUAAUUUUAGUUUUUGGCAGCUUGUUUAAUGAUACAUUAUUACCAUUAAGCACUUAUACCUAGAAAUUUAACUGGGCCCAUUAAGGUGCAUCAAAGUUAUUGCAUUGAAAUCUUGCACCAGGUUGGGUCCACUGUAUUGGUUAUAAGGGUCAUUGAAACUGUGUCUUUGUUCCACUGUGCUAAGAUGCGCAACUCCUGAUAGGAGUUGCUAAGAGUCAUCACCAUUUUGGCAUUCUUGCUGAGCUGUGUGCAGGGAACUUCAUCAGAUCACAAAGGACACAUCCCCUGAUAGCCACAGCCCAGCUGCAUUAAAAAAUGCCAUACAGAUGAGAGAAAACAUGACAGAGAGGAAGGAAAUAUGAUCUUCCGUGUGUGUGGCCAUUCCUGAUCUCAGUGCAUGUGUGACCAUCCUGCUCUCCUUCCCGCCCCAGGUUAUCUACUUCCCUGUCAAGUUCCAUGUUGCAAGUGGCCCCGGGUACUGGUGAUUAGCAAGGGAGAGAUUACAGUACAAGGUGCAUAAAUUAAAGAAGCUCCAAACAAUAAUGGAGCAAUGAAAGAGCACUGAACAAAUAUCUUGACCAUAAGAAUAUGAAUCUGCAUUCUAACUUAUUCCCUAGCUUCGUAAAGUUUCUCUGCAGAAUAGUUACCCUAGUUUUGGUGAUUUCAUUGUUUUCUAUGUGGACUACAGCAACUGGAUUUGCAUCAUCCCCAUACCAAUCUGUUUGAAAUCAAAGCAUCUAAGUCAGAAUGGAGACCCUUUAAUUUGUAGCUCAUUGGGGGUUUCAGAGUUCUUGCUCCUUUUGUUAGCAGCUAUUGUUUGACUGUUGUUCUUGUUGGGGUGAAAGGUGCAGAGGCAGUGAUGUGACAUGAUUGCACUUACAUCUAAUACUGCAUAGAGUGUGGCAAUGAAUGUUGUGACUUCUACCAGGGAAUGAUUGGGAUUGUGAUCACAAGAUAAAACCCAGCCUUGAUCAAGUAUCAAGCACAGUGCAGCCCAAUAUUUGGACAUCUGUCUCUUCCUGCUUCACUAUACAUUUCAUUAUCCAAAUGUUACCUUGCUCAGUGGCCUCACUCUUUCUACUUAAAGCUAAAAUAUCUCCCAUGGCAAACAACCCCACAUUCCCUACAUCACACUCCCCCCAUAAAAACACAAGACAGAUGCGUGCACACACAGACACACAUGCAAAUGCACACACAUCUUAUGCAGAUACUAUCCACCUGAUUUGGCAGGAUUUUUGCCUGAUUUCCAAUGGCUUCAGUAUCCCAUGAAUUUGACUGGUCUGUGGCUAUCAGGGGACAAGUCCUUUGAGAUUUGGUCAACUCCCUGCACACAGCAUAGCAAGGAUGCGGUAGUAGUGGUCACUUUUAGUAACUCCUGUCAGGAAAAAGAACACAGCUUGGGACUUAGCAAAGUGGAACAAAGACAACACUGUUUCAGUGACAUUUAUAGUCAAUCUCAUGACUUUAUAAUGAAUCCAACCUGGUGCUGGGUUUCAAUGCAAUGACAUUGUGUUUUGUCAUCUAUAUCAAUGAUUUAGAUGAGAAUGUACAAGGCAUGGUUAGUAAGUUUUCAGAUGACACCAAAAUAGGUGGUAUCAUAGACAGUGAAGAAGGUUAUCAAAAAUUACAGCAGGAUCUUGAUCAACUGUGUAAGUGGGCUGAGGAAUGGCAAAUAGAGUUUAAUUCAGAUAAGUGGAAGGUGUUGCAUUAUGAGAAGUCAAAUCAGGGUAUGACUUUCACAAUCAAUGGCAGGGGCCUGGGGAGUGUUGUAGAACAGAGGGACCUAGGAGUGCAAGUAUAUGGUUCCCUAAAAGUGGCAUCACAGGUAGACGGGGUGGUGAAGAAGGUAUUUGGCAUGCUGGCCUUCAUCAGUUAGUGCACUAGGUAUAGAAGUUAGGAUGUUAUGUUGCAGUUGUACAAGAUGUUGGUGAGCCACAGCUGGAGUAUUGUGUUCACUUUAGGUCACCCCGUUAUAGGAAAGAUGCCAUUAAGCUAGAAUGAGUGCAGAAAAGAUUUACAAGGAUGUUGCCAGUACUCAAGGGACUGGGUUAUAGGGAGAGGAUGGGCAGGCUAGGAAUUUAGCCCUUGUAGUGUAAAGAGAGGGAUGAUCUUAUAGAGAUGUAUAAAAUUAUGAGGGGCAUAGGUAGGGUGAAUGCAUGCAAUCUUUUUCCCAGGGUUGUGGGAUCAAGAACUAGAGACUAUGGGUUUAGGGUGAGAGGAGGGAGAUUUACUAGGAACCUGAAGUGCAACUUUUUCCACCCAGAGUGUGGUCAGUAUAUGGAACGAGCUGUCAGAGAAAGUGGUUGAGGCAGGAACAAUAACAACAUUUAAAAGACACUUUGACAGGUACAUGGAUAGGAAAGGUUUAGAGGGAUAUGGGUCAAAUAUGUACAAAUGGGACUAGCUUAGAUGGGCAUCUUGUUUGGAUGGAUGAGUUGGGCCAAAAGGUCUGUUUCCAUGCUCUGACUCUGAACCCCACCCCCCCACAUCAGUCUUUGGAAGCACACAUUUAACUCUGAUCCAUUCAAACUGAUUCCAAUUUGUGUGUGGCUCAGGUAACAAUCCCAAGAUUAGUGUAAUUAAGAUUAUGCACAGCUAACGAAUAAAUUAGAAUGCACAAUCUCUCUGCAGACUUUUUUCCUGAUUUCUAGUUAUAUCAUUGGUGCUCCUGUGGACCACAACAAUUGGAUUCUCGCCACCCCUAGCCCUCCCACCAAAAAAAAAAUCCAACUUCUUCUCCAGCCAUGGGGUAAUGUCUUUAAGCUGGACAUGAGGUACGAAACAGAGUUUAGGACUCCUAGUCACAGCUGAGAUGAUAAUAUCUAUACCUAUGACUAUGCUCUUCUCUAUCAUCCACUACCUUCCUUUUCAUUCCUCCCACAUAAAUAACCUCCCAUAAUAUGAUACAAUGUUCAAAUUUCCCAUCAUCCUUGAUGUCCUAGCCAUACAGAUAAUAAGUAUUUCCUUCCUGGUGGACAAGCUCAAAGACAGGCUCCUGCAUCCAUUUAUCAUGCUUCCCUUUCCUUUCUGUUCCGCAUUCAAAUAAUUCAGUCGAAGCCCAUUGCCCGAAACCAGGCCAUUAUCUAACAUAAGAAGUGCAACCACCUCUGAUCAGGUAACUUAGCACCUCGCUAAUGCUGCAUAGUGUCUGCAACUCAGACUUCAGUGCAACAGAUCCAAGUUGAAGAUACUCAGAUCCCUGCCGAUGUGGUUCUUGAGGUACUUUGUGGUUUUCACCAACUCUGAAAUUUCACUAACUCGUACAAAAGCAGCAGACAAAAUUUAGUUCUUACUGCCAGAAGGUUUCACAAAACACAGAUUUGAUGGUAGAAAUCUGUUCUCCCUCCUCUCCAUCAAAUCCACACACAGAAUCCCUGAUGUUAGUAUUCUGUUUCAACUGGAUGACCACUCUGUGUAUUGUAGAUUUAAUGUGUUCUAAUCAUACCUAAAUCAACCCAAAUUGGCCUCCAGAGUAUUAGAAUUGAAUUAAUGAAUGAUUCAUGGAAAAUACUACUGGCCAAUUUUUCUGUGACCCUCUUGCAGUGGUUAUGUCUCCACGUUGCUCUGGGACAGGACCACAUACCUGUUCAGUGCCAGCAGUUUGGUAGCAAAAUUAUUCUAACUUGAUUUCCAUUUCCAGCAGAAGCCACCUGAAUCCACUCUGAUCUCAGACAUAUGA